AUUCAAGUUCCCCAAGUCUUUUUCUCUUUUCAAAAACUCUCCAGAGCUGAUAGUGGGUUCCACUUUGUCUGUGAGUAUCCGACCUCGUUAGAUAACGAUAACUUGUUAGCAGGUAAAAUUGGCUUUGAUCCGAACUCCGCACGCGGUUUACCAUUUAGGACAAGGCAUUUCCAGUUCAAACACAACGGAAGCAAAUUUUGUAAAUUAUUCACCUCCGUGGAAGCCGUUAGUGCGCACAGGAUGGACCGUCGCAACUGUGAUAUCAUGGAGCCCUUUAAAGGAUCGUUUCAAAAUGUUGACCCCCUUGCCCGGUGCCCUCAUAUCAGUUCGCAUUCUUUACAGAGCUGGUCUCUGCAAUUCGUAUACUGACCUCCCUAACAUUAAUCGCAUCCAACUCCAAUGCUUUUCCUCCUUCCCACCAAGUUAUUGUCGCCAGUGCUGCUGAUGACACACUUGGUGGUCAUUGCUGCGUUUCCCGUCGGUUUUACACCAAUAUCAGGCCAUCGCUCUCGUGGUCUGAAACAUUUCUCUUCCGAAACUGACCUCAAACCCGAAAAUUUUGUGGGUUUUCACUACGCCCCUAGAGGGGAGGCCGAGGAAUACAACAAGGCUCGGACGCUCACAGCAGCAACGGUUAUCGAGCAAAACCCAUAUGCCGUUGUUUAUCCUAAACGUGGAUCCUUUUCCAAUAAUUAUUGGGAGUGCCAGAUUCAUGUUCCACAUAACGAGCAAAGGGCGAUCGAUGAAGUACCAAAGCUGUUCAUUCCAAACAAUGCCGUUCCGCCUGGGAGUCAAGAGGAGCUUGAUGAAUACAUCGAGAAAAAGGAAUUAGAACCUGCCAAAACCGUUUUAUUCCGCCAGGCAGUAGCAGACGUUGUAGAAAUGUUGAUCCCAUCUCGGUAUCUUGAAAAGUCGCCAAGCAAUCAAGAGAAUCCUUCCGGAGAGAAUAGCCUUAGUUUGAAGGUAUCAUGUCACCCACCUAGCACGCCUUCUGGAUCAGAGUCGUUGAAAGCGAAUUGGCCAAUCAUGUGGUCCAUUCUGCAUUGGCCUGCGUCAUUGAUUAUAUAGACAAGUGGUGGAAAACUUCAUACGUGACUCCGUCGUCCUACUUAUGUGUCUCAAGGCCGUCCGAUAUCCCCCGGAAGCUCUCCCAGAACUCUGUUGGAAAUUGGGUAUUUUAGAAGCCGAUUCCUUGUCCAGUUAUAGCGUAGGUUGAAUGGGAUGGUCUUUGCACGGUACAGCGUAGUUAAAAGCCAAGCAAAUUUGAAUAUUUUAUAUUAUACUGCCAAUUUUGGAAACUCCGGGAAAUUUCACGUAGCCGAUUUCCUCGAGGCAAAAAUGUGGGUUUUAUCUCGAGGUUAUGUACAAAAUAUGCAGCAGAUAUUUUGAAGGAAUUGAGCUGAGGUUAUGGUACGGCCCCCCUAGACUCGAGCCAGUAGCUUCGGAUGUUGACACUUU